GUCACAUGACUUGCUUCACAACACUGCACUACCUACAGAGUUAUCUCUUAUGUUGAACUAUCAGAAUGGCUUUAGAUUUGCAAAGAAUACGUCUUACAGACGACCAUACUUUGGAAACUGCCUCUGAAGUAAUGCAAAUGCUGAAGAUGGAUCAGCGGCUACCAGAUGGAAGAGAAUCGUAUUUACAGUUGUUAGAGGACCUUAACUUCCGCAGUAACCAAGAUGGCGGUGAACAACACACCCAGUUUGUUUUCCAAGGACAGUGCAUGAUACUGGGAGAUGCUAGAGUGGGUAAAACAAGCUUAAAGAAGUCACUAAUAGGACAAGGGUUUGAUGCUGAGGAACCGAGGACAAAAGGUGUAGAAGUUAGCUUAGUCGAUCGGAAAUGGAAAACUUCGGAUCCCACGACUGGUCUCAGCUUUGGAAGCUUUUCUCGGUUUACAGAAUCUGCUCUUCUCGAGUUUGCCAUUUAUUGGCCAGGCGGAGCUGAAUUUGUUAUAACUGAAGACUUGACUUUCAUUUUUUCAGCUGGCAGGUUUUUGUUUACACUUGGAAUAAUUAGCUGGGUUAUCUUAUUUAUGUGGCUACUCUCUUUAGCUGAGAUGUCUGUUACCUUUUGUGGAUUUUCUUUGAGUACAUUUGUAAUAGCAAUUUUACUUCACUUUAUUCGCUUAGAAGACCCAGAAGUUAUCACUUUGUUUUGCAUGAUUUUCACUAUUCGUCGUUUCAUAGUAGGGUUAGGGACCGCAUAUCUGCUGCCAGGGCUUCUUAAAAGCAUAGAAUGUAGCAAUCUCAAAUUCUCGUUAUCAGGAGAUCGACAAUACGCUUCUUGUGGCACCCAGUAUGUCUGGGUGGCCCACUUAUUUAUCUUCGCAGCAAUGUUUGGUUAUAUCUUUCUCAGAGUGUCGCUAAUGAAGAAGAUUAGGUAUUAUUAUAAUUUCGUCAAUUUAUCCGGGGUCGAUUCAACAGUCCCUGGACAAGUGAUAUUUGAAGAUUCGUUACCUAUUUUCCCGCGAAUUGUACUCUUUAUUGUACCUAUCAUAAGCGGUUUUACUUUUGGUUGCAUUAUUGGCUUUUCAACUGAACCUUCUGAGUGCACAUAUUGUAAAAUUAUUCACUUUACAGCGAUUUCACUUUUUUGUUAUUCAAUUUACGCGUUUUCAGAAACAUUACUGUCGUGGGUUAAUCGGCAAGGUCAAGUCGCCCUUGUCUUAUUUCUUUACAUAUCAAUGGAGAAAGCAGACUUGAGCUUAUUUUCAUUUUGUCCAUUUUCUAUGUAUGUGGCAAUGUUUGCUGUAUGGGCCUGCCAAACUUUGUAUAAAGAUUGGGAUGACAUGUUCUCCCUCUUCACCAGUAUGGGGAACAUUAGGGAAACAAGAGCUAGUUUUACUCUUAUACUUAUAGAGAAGUGUAUAUUGAAUUUUCGAAAGCUAAAGUUAGCCCUUCAAAAUAAAUUUUGCAGUGUUAAGCUGAAACUCCUGGACUUUGCAGGAGAUGAAGAAUAUUACGCUUAUCAUCAUAUCUUCAUGAGAGAUCAAGCCAUCUAUAUUGUUGUCUUUAACAUGGCAAACUUUGCAGACAACAAUUUCAGAAACAUUAAAACAAAAAUCCAAAGACUUCGUUUCUGGUUGGAAUCAAUCUGUAGCAAAGCAAAACCCAAAACACCAAUCUUCCUUGUUGGAACACACAGAGGACAUAUGGACAUAAUCCACCUAAAAAAUAUUGACAAACAUCUGCAACAACAACUAAUGCACUCUUUCAGUGAUGAGUUGGUGAUGAAUAAGGAAGACAAGCUUUCGUACUUCCCCACUGAGAACACUCUGGGAAGAAAAGACCGAGGAAUUCAAAACCUUCAGAAAGAAAUAAUGUCCACAGCAGAGGACCUCAGACCAAUUAUGGGAAGGGAAAUUCCAUAUUCGUGGAUAAAAAUUCAAGAUGCAAUAAUCAAUCUAAGUGAGAACAGGAAUGCAAGGUUUUGUGUGCCACUGAGACAGUUUCCAGUUUCAGUUGGGAACUUCAUUUGUACCAACUGGAGUAGGGAAACUUUGAAGUACUUUCACGAGAAAGGACUGGUGAUAUACAAUCAUGAGAGGGAAGAUUCUGAACUGUCCAGUUGGAUUUUGCUAAGGCCAGCUAUACUGGUAGACAUCAUCAUUCAACUGGUGUUGCCACUAACAGAUGAAGAGGUGUAUUUUCAGCGUGGUUUCAGGCGCGAUUGGAAACUACUCCAUGAUACUGGAAUGCUCACAGAAUCCCUUCUAAAACACAUUCUCUCCAGAUUCCAAGAGAAUGAAGAAGCAAUGAAAGGUUUUUUGGAGGAAUAUGAUUUAAUUUGUCCUCUGUUCUUCAAUGCGACAAACCAGGAGGAAGAAGCACAAGUCACACACUUUGUUCCUUCACUUCUGCCAGUGUCGUCAAUGGCGACAACACCAGUCUGGUUUGAUGGUCCUUAUGACAAGACGGUUUACGUGUUCUUCAAUCGAUUUCUACCACAGGCACUCUUCCAGCAUCUUCUGUCACGUGCACACAGGAACAGCAAAGCAGAAUUUGUUCAUGGUCAGCCAGUUAUAUACCAGGAUGUUGGCAGGUUUUGGUUGCGGUCCAACCAACCAUACAGGCUGUUACAGCUUAAGGAUGAAGACAUGAUUGAAGUCACAUUCACUUACAAGAGGUUAGUUUCAUAAUUUUCAUGUUUUCUUUGACAACGGGCUCGUAGAUUUGUAUACUGCGGGUAAAGCAGCGAGGUUUUUACCAUAAGAGAGACUACAGUGGGUUGCAUCACUUGCUCAUUAGUCUGCGCCUAAAUAGGACGCAUUCUGUGAAAUAGUUUCCACACCGAUGGAUGAAAAUUCCUUCAAAAAAGCGUUUGUAGUCGAAGAACCAAAACAUUUGCUGUUUUGCACGUGACGCAAACAAAAUUCAAACUAAAGAAUUAAAAAUUCUUCGGAGUCUUUAUCCUUUACGGAGGUAUUACAGCAUUUAAACAUGAGGUAUUAGAGCAUCCUAGCAGUCUUCUAUUCGAAGGGGUAUAAACGUUAGUUUCGUAACAAAGCGCGCUUGAGUUUGCGAGAUUUUGCGUGAGGCGGAAGUUAAAUGGCAGCCAAAAAAGCUUACAUACGGCUUUAACUUGAAAUAAUACUAUCUUGACAGUCCUUAAUCCACAGUAAGUAUAAUGUUAAUGUUUAUGAGUUCCUCGAGUGAUGAAUUAACUUAAAAAAGAUGUUUUUGUUGGAUUACGGCCGCCAUAUCGGUGCCGAUCUCAGAGAGGUACCAACACAGCGUGUCAAUACUGGGGGAGGGAUCAGAUUGGGUUGGUGCUUUUGGACUGAGGAUCUGCUACACUAAGCGGCGAAGAGGAAAGAGAAAAUACCGUCUUCCUCAUUUGCUAUGGUUUUUCACCAACUUUGUCACAAAACAAAUGAGCGGCAUGACCUGUGAGAUGAAAACUAUUGACUAUUACCUUGCAGAAAAAUACUCAUGCUAGAAAAUCUUUCAAGAAUUUUUCGCUUACUGAACGUAAGAUUGGUGUUCUCUCUCUUUACACGAUGUAGUUUCCUUGUAGCGCGCGAAGUUAGUUUUAUAUAAAUCAACUUUAAGGGGUGAAGUAGAGAACCUUAAUUCGGGUUUUGAAAAAUACCGCAUGCAACAGACUUACCUCAAGUUAUGAAUAUAUGAAAAUCAUAUAUGUGAACUACGGGGUGAAGAAUUAUAUGAAAGUAGAUCAAUUAUUUUGCAGGCUUUCUUUUCGCAACUGCAAAAGUUGCGUCUAUGAAUGCGAUGAUCUACUUUCAAAUAAGACUUAUCUCAAAUUGACUCUCUUCAUAUUUCUCGCGGCUUUACAGCCUAAACAAAAGCAACAGCUACACAGGCUAACCCAUAAAUUAAGAUAAAGCAUGUUAUCUCGCAAAGGAAAAGUUGCAUCUACCUGAUUCUUGGCGUGGCUGUUUACCUAUUUUAUUUUUUCUUACAUUUCAAAAAAAAUUAGAGGAAGUACUUGAAACACUGUCAGUAGAGCUAUGUAUCCCUAACUGUUAAAAAAAUUGCCCAUAUUUGGUAUUAAAUAGCCAGACUAAGAAAUGAUACUCCAUUUCACAGUGAGGGACAAGAGAUGAAGCCAUCAGCUGUACUGGCUCACAUUUUCAGCAUGGUCAAUGGGAUUUGUAAGCAACAUUUUCCUUACAUCAAGUUUCACUGUGGCCCAUUAUGCCCCUCAGAGAGGUGCCCUGGACACCAAGGAAGUUAUAUACCACACCCUGGGGUACAGCAGUUACAUUUCCGACGCCAUGUGAUCAAUGUGUUGCCUGCCCGUCAACAAGCUUUUAAUUGUUCAUUCUACUGUGUUAACGAGAACUUUGAAGAGCAAUUGAGGGAAUGGGUAGAAGACUAUGAUGACUGAAUGAAACGAUUUCUUUGGUUUUACAAAGAUAUUGGGACAGUUUGUUACUGACAGGGCUGUCAUUAAGAGG